UAUUUAAAAAAUAAAAAAAAAAUUUGGACGUGACUCAAGUCACUGAGCCAAUCCGGAAAUAAGUAAAGAGAAAGUAGUUUUCCUACAAGCCCAUGAUCUUAAAGAGAUCUCUUAACUUUAAAGUUGCAAAGAUAUGUCUGACGAACCCUCUCUCAUCGACACGAUACAAACUGGGUAUAGUGGCCUACGCUGCCUAGUCUGUGUCAAUGACGAAAAAUUCUGGACUCGUGGGGAGAAAAGCAUCAUGAAACUGUACAACAUUCAUGGAAUUCUUCUAAAGUCAAUUGAAACCAAGUCUGGGGAGAGACCACAUGACAUAACAUUGAAAUUGAAUGGGGAGCUAGUUUAUACUGACACCGAAGCAAGAACUGUGAAUAGAGUGAAGAACAAAGAUACAGAGGAAAUCAUCAAACUUGAAGGGUGGAAACCUUAUUACAUCUGCAAUACCUUUGCAGAUGAUCUCCUAGUUACCAUGUUUAGUGAUGACGAAAAGCAGUCUAAAGUGGUACGUUACAAAGACCUCGAAGAGAGUCAAACCAUUCAGUUUGAUAUUGAAGGUCAACCUCUCUUUUCUGCCGAUUAUCUCAAAUAUAUCAGUGAGAACAGGAAUGGGGACAUUUGUGUGGCAGACUUUGGUGACAGUGCUGUGGUCGUUGUGGACAGAGAUGGAAACUUACGAUUCCGAUACACUGGUCAUCCCUCUAAAACCAAGGGACCAUUUAAUCCAUAUGGCAUCACCACAGACAGUCAGAGUCAGAUAUUGAUUGCAGACUUGUAUAACAACUGUGUUCAUAUAUUAGAUCAAGAUGGACAAUUUCUUCGCUAUAUUGACACCUGUGAUCUUGAAAAACCGUGGGGUUUAUGUGUAGAUUCCAAAGACAACCUCUUUGUGGCAGAGUGUGAAAGUGGUAAAGUGAAGAAAAUAAAGUACAUGUAGUAAAA